AGUUGCACGAUGCACACAAAUAUAUUCUCUUUAUUAGUAUUAUUAUUAUUUCUACAUCUUUCCUUUAAUAAAAUUAUUCUUUUUCGGUUUUUCCCGUUUCUUUCUCAGAUUACCAAAAGAAGAAAGAGAUGAGGUUUUGAGUCCUCAAGGUCCCUUCUUUUAUUUUCUUAUCAGAAGAGAGAGAAAAUAAAUUUUAAGACUUUGUAAAAGUGGUUGAACAAACAGGGAACAGUAGUGUCUUUGUUUCUCAUUAUUCUCCCCACAAACCCACCAUUAACAAAUUUCUUUCUUCCAUUUUUUUUUUCUAGGGUUUCUCAUUUUUCAUACCUUAAAGAUCUCAUCUUUUUAGCUUUUUUUCAUCUGGGUUAUCUUUAAUUUGCUCAAUUUUAUCAUCUUAUAAAUCAAAUUGUUUGAUUUUUCAUCUGGGUUUUUUUUUGUUAUAUAUUUUUGGGUUUUUUGAAAAAAAAAAAAAAUGGUGAGAGGAAAAACCCAAAUGAAGAGAAUUGAAAAUGAUUCAAGCAGACAAGUGACUUUCUCAAAAAGAAGAAAUGGGUUGUUGAAGAAAGCUUUUGAGCUUUCAGUUCUUUGUGAUGCUGAAGUUGCACUUAUCAUUUUUUCUCCUUCUGGAAAACUCUAUGAAUUCGCAAGCUCAAGUACGACUAAGACAAUUGAUCGGUACCAAAAGCAUAUGAAGGAUCUGCGUGGAGUGAAAAGUAAAGUGUUGGAUCAAAAAAAUUUGCUGCAAUUCAAGGAUGAUACUAUUGAGCUUGAGAAGAAGUUAAAAAGUCUCGAACUUUCUAAACGGAAAUUACUUGGAGAUGGUCUAGAGGCAUGUUCCAUUGAUGAGCUUCAAGAAUUAGAAAAACAAUUAGAUAAAAGUCUUUCCAGUAUCCGAGCAAGAAAGAAUGCAUUGUACAAAGAGCAGAUUAAUAAGUUGUAUGAAGAGGAGAAGCACUUAAUCAAAGAAAAUGUCCGGUUGAAAGAUAAGGUUCUCAAUUCUUCACCAGAUCUGCUACGUCGCCAACAACGAGCAGAUGAUCAGGAGAUCAGCAUGCAAGAUGUAGAAACUGAACUAUUUAUAGGACCACCAGAAAGCAGAAACAACACUAGAUACCUGCCAUAGAAUUUAACUUGAAACAAUUACAAAAGCAUUGACUAGCUCUUUAUCUAUCAAUUUACGUUUCAUGCACUUUACAUCUCCAAGUUUGUGAAGCUAGUUUGUCAACCUUUACAUUUGCAAACUACUUCUGAAUUGUGGUUUGACUGAUAAAUAAUGAGAAGUGUAUUACAGAGAGAAUGAAAUGACCAUGUUGACUUGUCUCUUAUGAAA